AUGCCCUCGAAACGCGGUCUUGGCUGGCCAUGGGACUAUCCGGCAUCCCACUUCCCCGUCUACACCUCUUGUGAUAGGAUAACCUGGCUCUUCAACUGGGAGCUCUGGGUUCCACCGGGCCUUCCCGAUUCCAUAGAAUGGGUACCCUGUGUGCGCACCGCUGCACAAGCAAAAGAUAUAACGCCAUUCCUCUCCGACAUCAUUGGCAACAAGAAAGCGAAUGUCAAUUACUUACUUGGGUUCAACGAGCCUGAGAUACCGGAUCAAGCGAAUUUAAGCGUUGAAGAAGCAGUCAAGUUGUGGCGAGAGGUUGUUCUACCAGCGAAGAGCAAAUUUGGACUUAAGCUGGGCAGUCCUGGGGUGAGCAGUGACGUAGGAAGGAGUAAACCGUGGCUUGACCGGUUUUUUGGGCAGCUGGAGGGUGAUGCUCAGGUAGACUUUCUGGUCGUACAUUGGUACGGCCCACGGUUUACAGAUUUCAAGACGUACCUUGAGGAUAUGCAUAGUACUUAUAAACUGCCUCUGUGGGUUAAUGAGGUUGCAUGUUCUACGAUGGGGAAUGGCGAGGUCAGCGAGCAGGAGGUAGAGGCGUUUAUGAAAGAAGCGUUGCCGUGGCUGGAUGGAUGUGAGUGGGUUGAGCGGUAUGCGUACUUUGGUAAUGGGCAGGGAAAGACGGUUGGGCCCUGGGUGGGCAAGAAUAACGAUUUCUGUGAGAUGAGUGAAGAUUGUGAGGGGAGUGAUGGAAGGAAGUUGACUGGUGUUGGGAGGCUAUAUGCUGAACUGUAA